AUGAUAAUAGAAAAAAAUUAUAGAAAACCGAAUUUUUGUAUGACAAUUUUUUUUUAUUAUUAUACAGCAAUAAGAAACAUAAAACUUGACAAUAUAUUUGAUUUGAAUUCGUCUUUAAACAUUAAUUCUGAGA